UUCUUGUUUUCGGUUAAAAUUCUCACGCUCUUCCACAAUGUCAUCAUGUCUUUCGUAGAUGAGAGAGUGGAUUUCUUUCUAUCCAUAUAUACUAAAUACAAUAAGAAUAAUAAUUAUUACACUACUAUUAUUAAUAAUAACAUUAACCAACACGGGUUGUAGUUUGUUGUAGUAGUAGUAGUAAUAGAGAAGCAUGAUUGUUAAAAAUCAUCCAAUAUAAAUCUGCCUUUGAAUAGUAGUCUUAUCAUUCACUCAUGCAUGUGUUAAGGUCAUCAGUAAGAGUUGGCACAUAUACACUGAUAUAAAUAUUAUGGAUCCUUUUUUUAAAUCUUUCUAACCAAUUUAUAAUUAAAGAUUGUACAUAUUUUGUUUUGCCCAUGUACAACUUCUUCGAUGUUAGUAUUAUCCCCGAUGAAUUCUCAUCUUAAUUUAAACACUGUUGUUACUGACGGCGUUAAUAGCAGUCUUGAUGAAGACAAUGAAGACGAAGAGGCAGAGGAAGAAGUUAAUAAAUAUCAUUUUCGUAAACUUAAUACUGACAAUAUAAACAAUGAUUAUGUGUACAAUAUGAAUUGUGAGCCUUCUGUUUCACAUCAUACUCGUCAGAGGCAUCACCAAAUGUUAACCAAACGACCAAGAUUAUCGACAAUAACUUCUGAACACGAAAGUUUUCAUAAUCAAAUAAACACUACAAAUAAUAAUCAUACAAAUCAACAUCACAUGAAUUGUUCUCAACUACAUCAAAGGGAUUUAAUAAUCACAUCAACUAGUAUGCCAGUUGGAUAUACCACCAAUGCUGUUAUUACUAAUAGUAAUGAAAAUAAUAAUGGAGAUAAUCCUUAUACAACAUUUCGUUCAAUGUUAUUACAAUCUGACUAUAACACCAAUGAUAAUAGUUCACCAGAGAAAGAAAAUCGAACGUCAAUUUUGACAUUGAAAAGUAGAUUGAAUCAUUAUGUCAGUGAUGAUGAUGACGAUGUUGAUGAUGAUGUUCCUGAUAAUGAACAUGUUGAGAAUAUGUCUACAUCUGAAUCGAAUUUGAUUCUUCAUGAGGCUCAUAAUAUCGAUCGUUUCCCAUCAUUAUUAAAACAUAAUUCUCAUGUAGAUUAUCAUCAAGUUUUAAAUGAUGAAAGUGUUAGUAAUAGAAAUGAUGAACUACAUGAAUAUAAAGUGCACCUUGUGGAAAUUUUCAUUUGUAAUGUGAUCAAAUUCAAUGCCUCAGCCAUCAUCAAUGGCUUCUACAGAUCAAACGAAUUUCAUGACUGUAAACAACACAAAUGGAUCUUAUGCUAA